UUGGGUGCGAGGUAUCAUGGAGGAUCAGUUAGAGAACGGUAGACGUUGAAGAAAGCCGAGCUUGUGGGUCCGCGCUCUGGAGUUUCUUACAAUUUAUUUCCUAAGCGAUCUUGUCCAGUACAGUAUCUUCUGAAACAAUGGAGAUGAAGAAGAGGAUCAGUUUAGAGCUGAGGAACAGAACUCCGGCGGAGGUUGCAGAGCUGGUGGUGGAUAAUUGCCGCUCCAGUGAUGGAGAGAUUGAGGGUCUCACAGACGAGUUCAAGGAGCUGGAGUUCCUUAGCAUGGUCAACGUGGGUCUCACUUCUCUGGCCAUGCUGCCAUCACUGCCCAAACUGAGAAAGUUGGAGCUGAGUGACAAUAACAUUUCUGGCUCUUUGGAGAUCCUCUCGGAGAAAUGCCCCAAUCUUACAUAUCUAAACCUGAGUGGCAACAAGAUUAAAGAACUCAGCACAGUGGAAGCUCUGCAAAACUUGAAGAAUCUGAAAAGCCUGGACCUCUUUAACUGUGAGAUCACCACACUAGAGGAGUACAGGGAGAGCAUUUUUGAGCUGUUGCCUCAGAUCACAUACUUGGAUGGCUUUGAUGCAGAGGACAACGAGGCUCCUGACUCAGAGGCAGAUGAUGAUGAUGAUGAUGAGGAUGGUGAGGAAGGAGCAGGCCCUGUUGGUGAAUAUGAUGAUGAUGACGAUGAUGAGGAAGGAUCAGAGGGUAAAGAGGUUGGACUGUCCUAUCUAAUGAAAGAUGAAAUUCAGGAUGAGGAGGAUGAUGACGACUAUGUAGAAGAAGAGGAAGAAGAGGAAGGUGAGGAAGAGGAGGCAGAAGUUCGGGGAGAGAAACGAAAGAGGGAUGCAGAAGAUGAAGGCGAAGACGAUGAUGAAGAUGAUGACUAACCGUGUGUGUGUUUGACGCCUUGGAAACCUGAUCCAAGUUGAACAACCUUGAAAAAAGCGUGAUCUUGCAGAUUGUUUUUCUCUUUGUAUACCAUAGAUAUAUCACUGUAGAGGCUAAGUGUUUUCUUUUGAUAAAUACAUUAUAUUAUACUAUA